AUGCCUGACGCCGCCCCAGCGGGGCUGCCAGCCCCCAUCGGCCACGCUGCACUGGCCCUGCUCACCCUGCUGCCGCUGGUGCUUCACGUCCCCACAAACGCCAACAUCGUGCUCACGGCGGCCCUGACGGUGUGGGUGGGCAGCUGGAGGUCGGUGAAGCCCGAGCCGCCAGCUGAGGCCAUGUCCAAAAAGGACGCCAUGAAGUUCCCGCUGGUGGGCUCCCUGGUCCUCUUCUCCCUCUACCUCGCCUUCAAGUUCCUGCCCAAGGAGGUGGUGAACGCCAUCCUCAGCGCCUACUUUGUGUUCCUGGGCAUGCUGGCCAUCGUGGCCAGCCUGGAGCCGGAAGUGGCGCCGCUGGUGCCGCGCCGGUGGAGCGCGCACGAGAUCAAGCUGCAAGUGCCCAGCAUACCCGUGGUGCUCAAGGAGGGCCUGGAGUUCAGCUUCACCCCGCUGGAGCUGCUCAUCUCGCUCCCCGCCUCCGCCUUCUGCAUCUGGUACUACCGCCGCAAGCACUGGUUUGCCAACAACCUGCUGGGCCUGGCCUUCAGCAUCCAGGGAAUCGAGCAUCUGUCCCUGGGAGCGGUACAGAACGGAGUCAUCCUGCUCUGCGGCCUCUUCUUCUACGACAUCUUUUGGGUGUUUGGCACGCCGGUCAUGGUCCAUGUGGCCAAGAACUUUGAUGCCCCCAUCAAGCUGCUCUUCCCACGCCUGGGGCCCCUGGUGGACGGCAAGGCCCAGUUCUCCAUGCUGGGGCUGGGCGACAUCGUCAUCCCGGGCAUCUUUGUGGCCAUCCUGCUGCGCCGCGACGCCGCCCACGACUUCAAGCGGGGGGCCUACUUCUACAGCGCGUUUGGCGGGUAUGCUGCGGGGCUGGUGACGACCAUUGUGGUGAUGAAUGUGUUCCAGGCGGCGCAGCCGGCGCUGCUGUACAUUGUGCCGGGCGUGCUGGGGGCCACGCUCAUCCACGCGGCUGUGCGGGGGGAGGUGCGCGACGUGUUCUUCUGGCACGAGAAGGAGGAGCCUCACGAGGAGGGCAAGGAGAAGAAGGAGGAGGGGAAGGAGGGCGCGGCAGCUGCAGAAGGCGCACAGGAGGGCAAGGGCCCGUCCACCCGCACCCGCUCAGCAUCCAAGGCGGAAAGCAAGAAGGAGUCGUAGUCAGCUGGGGCAGGGCCCUGCCCAAAGCGGCGCGGCCAGCGGUGGCGCCUCCAGGCACCGGAUGGCUGUGCGGCGGCUGGAAGCGAGGCGCGGCGGCGGGCAGCACCAGCCUGCCAUCCGCUGGCCCGCCGCCCCUCUGCUGCCUCGUUUAUUCUUGUAAUCGGAUAUCUGG